ACAACAUUAGUCAUUUUUCAUAUCAAUAUAAAAAUUGAGAGAAGACAUUCGAUUUCAGAGAAAUUCUUAUUAGAAAUAGCUAUAGAAUCUUGUUGAAGUAGAAGAAGUCAGAUCAAUCAAACCCUAGCCCAGCGGAUUUUAAUUUGAACUGCUUUCAUUAUCUAUCUCUAUAAUGGCAUUGCAAGGUGGGAGUGUGCUUCAUGAUCAGAAUAUUCAUCUCAAUGAAAAUUCUGUUGGCUGGAAGACCAAUGUCUCUAAAGUGCCAAAGAAAGGAGUUCGUGGUGGAAGGAGACCACUUGGUGAUUUGUCAAAUUCACUGAAGCCUUCUCUGAAUCAGGCUUCAAAGAAACACAAUUCUAGCAUUUUGUCCUUCUCUGAGAAAGAAGCUACGGCCUCCCAGAAUGCACUUGAUGCUGCCAAGAAGAAGAGUAUCUCUAAACCGUCGGUGAAACAGCUAACCAGUAGGAAAGCACUCUCUGACAUUUCAAAUUCAGGGAAGCCUAACCUUUUUGAGGGUUCAAAGAAAAACUACAAUGCAAGGCUUUCUCUUGUGGCAGAGGAGCCAAUUGAUGUCGAUGCUAUUUCAGAGGAACAGUUUCUGCACAAUCACCAAGAAUGUAUCAAAGCACAGUCAAGAGCCUUGGACUUGGAUGAAUUUCUGCAGAUAAUUGGACUAGAUAACGGUGGUAUCAAAACAUUGACAAAUUCUUUGUCAACUAAGUCUGAGAGUCCGCCUAGGCACUUGGAAAUGGAAGAGAGAGCUGACGAGCUAAUUGAAGAUGAAUUCUGGAGUGAGAAGUUGUGUUCUAGCAAAUUUGAUUUAUCACCUCCUUGCAGAAGUCCGAAAUCACCAAAGUAUUUCAUGCACCAUGACUACAACUUCAAAUUGCUAGACUCCCCAUAGUGGUCGAAAAAUGCAUCGAUUACCUCACUCGUCAAUGCUUGUCUAUAUAGGUAGUAACUUUUGUGCAGUAACAUGAUCUUAUACUUUAUAUAGUCCUAGCUACUGCUUUCGUUUACUUGAAUAUCGUAUUGAUCCCAUGUAUGCAUAUAAAUAUGCACUGUGCAUUUCUUUUUGUGGUUUCAUUUUUUAGGAUUAUUUUCCAUAGGUUAGUUAACUACAAACAUUUUUGCAAAAGAAAUACCAAAGAAAUUUGUGAUUUGAAUUUUCCCCUUUGACAAAUUGACACAAAGGAGAAAAUUGUUUACACAUAAUAGGGUAUGAACAUAGAUUAUUUAUUGCCUUUGAAAUGUUCAAUGUUCAACUGUAUUAUUCCGAGUUUGACUCGAAAAUGUUCAAUCGCUACGAAAGGUAUUCUAAUUUUUAUGAUCAAA